CUUCUGUUGUUUUUUUUUCCUAUUUUUUCUUUUUUUACCUCUUUUUUUAGCCGCCUUUCAUGGCUGGAAAACUCAGGAGUUGGCUUCUCCUUGGAUUAUCCCACCAUAAGCUUACAUGCUGUCUCCAGGGACCUGAAUGCGUACCCCUGGGAGCACCUGUACGUCAUGGUGAAUGCCAGGUUUGAAGAGGAGGAGACGAAGGAAACCCCCAUGGCUGAAGGGGAGGAGGAAGACAGCGAUGACGAUGUCGAACCGAUUGCAGAAUUCAGAUUCGUACCUAACGACAAAUCAGCCUUGGAAGCCAUGUUUUCAGCAAUGUGUGAAUGCCAAGCUUUGCACCCAGACCCAGAAGAUGAAGAUUCAGACAACGACUACGAAGGGGACGAGUACGAUGUUGAGGCCCGUGAGCUGGAACAAGGCGACAUCCCCACCUUUUACACGUACGAGGAAGGAUUGUCGCAUCUAACGGCAGAAGGUCAGGCCACACUGGAGAGGUUAGAGGGCAUGUUGGCCCAGUCUGUCAGCAGUCAGUACAACAUGGCUGGGGUGAGAACAGAAGAUUCCAUAAGGGAGUUUGAAGAUGGGAUGGAGGUGGACAUUGCACCAACAGUUGCAGGGCAGUUUGAAGAUGCAGAAGUUGAUCACUGAGGAGGACGUAUGCUGCUAUUCUUCUUGUGGCACUUCCAGAAUAAGCUGUAAAACUGAAGGCGUUGCAGUGACUGUUGGCAUUUAAUCUUUAAUGGCUCAAGCUCAGACAUCGAGGUCUAUAAAUGCUUUUAUAUAUGUUUAAAAAGGGUUUGACAUUUGUGACCACUAUGGGGUUAUUAAAAAAAAAA